GAAGAAGAAGAAAAAGCGCGUUUCAGGUUCCACAUCCUAUAUAUGCAGCCUUUCCCAUAUCCAUUUUUCCCAUCUUCAAAAUGUCUCCUUUCUUUAAAUCCCAAUAUUUUCUGCGCGAAUUUUGCUAGAAACCGUUAGUGGGUAUCCUCAAAAUACUAGAUUUUCGAUUCGUUUGGUGAACGGAUUUUUAGGUGUGAUUAUUACGUUUUUUUUUUGUUCAACAAGCUAUGGAGGUUUCGGUGAUUGGAAGCUCACAAGCGAAGCUGGGCGCGUCUGAAUUGGCUUCUAGGGAAGUUGGAUUUUGUAAUCUGAAGAACAAUUUAAAGGUUUUGAAUGGUAGAGUUAGUUUUGGUAGGAAUAAUAUACGGUGGGAGAAGGCUGGGAUUAGUUUCACUUUGAGGGCUCUUCAGACUGAACCUGUUAGAGAGGAGAAGAAGCCUUCUGGGAUUGGAACAAGAUCCAAAACGGUAGAUGGUGUAAGAUUAUUUGUGGGGCUUCCCCUAGAUGCAGUUUCUUAUGACUGCAAGUCAAUAAACCAUGCUAGAGCAAUUGCAGCUGGCCUAAAAGCUUUGAAGCUCUUAGGAGUUGAAGGUGUUGAGCUCCCUAUUUGGUGGGGAAUUGUUGAGAAAGAUGCCAUGGGACAAUAUGACUGGUCAGGCUAUCUUGCUAUUGCUGAGAUGGUCCAGAAAGUUGGUCUCAAGCUCCAUGUUUCUCUUUGCUUUCAUGGGUCUAAGAAACCAAAUAUCCCUCUACCUAAAUGGGUAUCCCAAAUUGGUGAAUCUCAACCCAGCAUUUUCUUCACAGAUAAGUCAGGACAGCAUUAUAAAGAAUGCUUGUCCCUGGCAGUUGAUAAUCUUCCUGUUCUUGAUGGGAAGACUCCAGUCCAAGUGUACCAGAGUUUCUGUGAGAGCUUCAAGUCUUCAUUCUCUCCAUUCAUGGGCUCUACGAUCAUGAGCAUUUCCAUGGGUUUAGGACCGGAUGGUGAGCUACGUUAUCCAUCUCACCCCCAGCUGCCGAGUAAUGGAAAAACUCAAGGUGCUGGGGAAUUCCAGUGUUAUGACCAAAACAUGCUCAGCUUUCUCAAGCAACAUGCUGAAGCAUCUGGAAAUCCUCUGUGGGGGCUUGGUGGUCCUCAUGAUGCACCUACCUAUGACCAGCCCCCAUACAAUGGCUUCUUCAAUGAUGGGGCUUCUUGGGAGUCCACAUAUGGGGACUUCUUCCUCUCUUGGUAUUCCAAUCAGCUCAUAGCUCAUGGAGAUUGCCUCCUUUCAUUGGCAUCUUCAACUUUUGGUGACUCUGGGGUGACAAUCUAUGGAAAACUCCCACUUAUGCACUCUUGGUAUGGGACUCGAUCCCAUCCUUCAGAGCUAACUGCAGGGUUCUAUAACACAGCUAACAGGGAUGGCUAUGAACCGGUUGCACAGAUGUUUGCUCGGAACUCGUGCAAAAUUAUAUUACCCGGCAUGGACCUUUCGGAUGCAAACCAACCAGAGGAAAACCAUUCAAGCCCUGAGUUGCUACUUGCACAAGUUAUGGCAGCUUGCAAAAAGUAUGAGGUGAAGGUUUCAGGUCAAAAUUCUUCUGAGUCUGGUGUUCCAGGUGGUUUUGAACAAAUAAAGAAGAAUCUAUCUGGAGAUAAUGUAUUGGAUUUGUUCACAUAUCAUAGAAUGGGAGCAUCUUUCUUUUCUCCAGAGCAUUUUCCUUUGUUCACCGAGUUUGUCCGGAGCCUUAAGCAACCUGAACUGCAUUCAGAUGAUCUACCGGCCAAGGAGGAAGAAGGCGCCGAAUCUGCCAUGGAUAUGAGCCAUGAAUCAAGUGUGAGCAUGCAAGCAGCCUAAUGGUUGUAAAUUCGUAAUGUAUGAUAAUCAUGUAGAUAACAAUUAGUUAUACCCUUGGAUCAGUGCAUGGGAUGAGAUUGAGAACAGGUUAUUUUGUAAGCACAAUAUGAGAAUCUUUUUUGCCGGUUUAUCCUCAAGCAUAGACCUUUUAGUUAUUUCUUAUAAUGUAGCCAGUUGGGUGGCAGAUUACCUUUUUGUCAUUUGUGCUCAUGUGGUGUACAUUCCAGCCAAUAUUACAUAAUAAUUGUGAAAGUUAUAAAAUAUCUUUAUUUUUAAGAAAAUUUAA